AAGUGCAGUGCGUUACUAUUUGUGCAUUAAGACUGCCUGUGUGUGCGUGUUCGUUUGUGUGUGUGUGUGACUGUUUGUGUGGCUGUUCAGGGCGCCACGUCGGCAGAACCAGCAGACAGAAAAGAGAGAAACAUUUAAAGAAGAGUUUGGUUCGGAGGCUGGAACAAGAAGCUGCUCCUGUCUCAAGUUACUGUGCCAGGUGUGUUUGUGGGAGAAACACUGGGAACAAUGGUGAAGAAUGUGAACAGCGUUAUCACAGAGCCGCAGCCCGGGACCAGCGUGGCCACAGACGAAGCUGAACCCACCACCCCCCCACCCACAGAGGAACCCGGUAAGGACCACGAGGCGCCUCCUCCCGGCAUGAUGUGGCGGGUGACCGGCGGCCUCUUCAACGUCACCAAAGGAGUCGUGGGCGCCGCGGUGGGCGGGGUCGCCUGGGUCGGCGGCAAGAGCCUGGAGAUCACCAAAUCUGCUGUGACCACAGUGCCCUCGAUGGGGGUGGGGCUCGUGAAGGGCGGAGUGUCUGCUGUGGCCGGUGGCGUCUCCUCGGUGGGAUCGACGGUAGCCAGCAAAGUCCCGUUUACAGCCAAGAGAAAAGACAAGGCUGAGUAAAGAGGAAGAUGAGGAUGAUGGUUAUGAUGAUGAUGAUGAUGAUGAUGAUGAUGAUGAUGAUGAUGAUGGACUUGCCCCACCCUGAGCCAACAGAAAGAGACUGCCAGCUGUCAAUCAAACUCCACAGUGCCUUCUGAUACCUUCUGAACAUGCAGAGAUCGCCACAACCACAUCCACAAGAACCUGUCACUUAAACAUUUCAUAAAAACUUCCUCCUCUCGCACGGAGUCUUGUUUCUGGAUCUCCGGCUCCGGUAGGGUCUGAGACUGGAAUCCACUUCAGAACUCGGUGGACGACUUUCUGAAUAUUUUAUCUGUUUACAAUCCAGACGGAGGCGGCUCCAGUCCUCGUCUCUCUCCUCGCUCUCUACAAACUACAUGUGUCGGUGAAAUGUUUCUGAAUAAAGAUGCUGAUUUUUAAUCUUGUAUUGAAGUUCUGUUCAAAGUGUUUGUUGUAAAAAGGUUUGAGUGCUGGAAUCAGAGGAUCAGACACAUUCUUCAGUCUGCAGCCUGCGCUGUGUCUGACCUCCUUUCAUCCUUGGGAAGAGCCCGAGGCGGAGACUUUCCCCUGCAGCCGUUGGAGCUGCGUGUUCGAACACUUCUCUGAAAUGUAAGACUGAAAACACAAUCACAAGUUCAGCGUCGCUGGGCUCCGGCCUUAAACACACAUAUUAUUGUUUCAAUGUCAGAUUUCAGUGUGAAAUGUUCAGAUGCUGCGUUUGACCCAGAUCUCAGAAAAAAAGUGUUCGUUGUUGUCUGAACUGAUCCGGGAUGAAUGUCUCAGUGUGCCUUUAAAGAGAAGGUGACCUCUGAGCUGUGGAGUAGGAAACAUUGGUGAAUGUUUGGAUGCAUAUCAGCAUUUCAAAGCAAUAUUUAGAGGAGGGAGAGCUGUUGCUGAUCGGACUAAACUAUGUGAAUGUCUUCUUUGUGUUUAAUUUUUUUCAAUAUAUCAAUAAAGUAGUUUGAAAGUUUGA